GUGAAGCCUCGAGCAGUGUUGACAAUGGUAGAAAUAUUGAAGCAGUAGUGCGCAUGCGUCAGUCAGUUGACACGUCUCAACACUUGUAGCAGGAAGGCUGCCUCUCUCUUCUUGACUUUGACUCUUAAAUAUACACACCCAUCACAAUGCCUCUGCGUUUAGAUGUGAAGCGGAAGUUAACAGCACGGUCAGACCGUGUCAAGUCUGUUGAUCUCCAUCCCACAGAACCAUGGAUGUUGGCUUCGCUCUACAAUGGAAAUGUUCAUGUCUGGAACAUAGAGAGCCAGCAGCUUGUCAAAAGUUUUGAGGUGUGUGAUCUUCCCGUGAGAGCUUCAAGAUUUGUUGCUCGCAAGAAUUGGGUUGUGACAGGCUCAGAUGACAUGCAAGUACGUAUAUUCAACUAUAACACCCUUGAGCGUGUGCACCAGUUUGAGGCACACUCUGACUAUGUCAGAUGCAUUGCAGUCCAUCCAACUCAGCCAUUCAUCCUGACAUGCAGUGAUGAUAUGACAAUAAAAUUGUGGAACUGGGAUAAAAAGUGGUCUCUUCAACAAAUGUUCGAGGGCCACUCACACUACGUAAUGCAGAUUGUCAUUAAUCCCAAGGACAACAACACAUUCGCUUCAGCAUCUCUUGAUCGAACAGUUAAGGUGUGGCAGCUAGGGUCACCACAGGCUAACUUUACCCUUGAGGGUCAUCAGAGAGGAGUUAACUGUGUGGAUUAUUACCAUGGUGGAGAUAAGCCAUAUCUCAUCUCAGGUGCAGAUGAUAGUCUUGUCAAGAUCUGGGACUAUCAAAAUAAGACGUGCGUACAGACAUUGGAGGGACACUCUCAAAAUGUGUCUUCAGUUUCAUUUCACCCUGAGUUGCCCAUUAUUCUGACUGGCUCAGAAGACUGCACAGUGAGAGUUUGGCAUGCCAACACUUACCGUCUGGAGAACACGCUUAACUAUGGCCUUGACCGAGUUUGGUGUAUCUGUGCUCUCAAGGGAUCCAAUAAUGUUUGCUUUGGUUAUGAUGAAGGCAGUGUUAUGGUAAAGCUUGGACGUGAGGAACCAGCAAUGUCAAUGGAUGUUAGUGGCAAAAUUGUUUGGGCUCGACACUCUGAAAUCCAGCAGGCAAAUCUAAAAGCCAUGGGCGAUGCAGAAGCUCAGGAUGGAGAACGACUUCCUCUAGCAGUCAAGGAUCUUGGUGCCUGUGAUAUAUAUCCACAAACUAUUGCUCACAAUCCCAAUGGAAGAUUUGUGGUGGUAUGUGGUGAUGGAGAGUAUAUUAUUUACACUGCUAUGGCUUUGAGGAACAAAGCAUUUGGUCCUGCUCUUGAAUUUGUCUGGGCUUUGGAUUCAUCUGAGUAUGCUAUCAGAGAGUCUAACUUCAGUGUCAAACUCUUCAAAAACUUUAAAGAAAAGAAGUCUUUCAAGCCAGACUUUGGUUGUGAAGGUAUAUAUGGUGGGUAUCUCUUGGGAUGCCGCUCCAGCUCAACAGGUCUUGCCUUCUAUGAUUGGGAGACUCAAGAACUUGUGCGACGUAUUGAGAUCCAGCCUCGCCAAGUAUUUUGGUCGGAGAAUGGGGAUUAUGUCUGCAUUGCAACUGAUGAAAACUACUUCAUUCUCAAAUACAGUCCUGAAGCUGUUGCAAAUGCAAGAGAAAAUAAAGAAGGCUUGACAGAAGAUGGAAUUGAAGAUGCAUUUGAUCUUGUUGGUGAGGUUCAAGAGAUUGUGAAGACAGGCAAGUGGGUUGGAGACUGUUUCAUCUACACCAAUUCAGUAAAUAGACUGAAUUAUUAUGUAGGUGGCGAGAUUGUUACCAUAGCUCAUCUCGAUAGGACUCUGUACCUAAUUGGCUACAUUCCAAAAGACAACAGACUGUAUCUUGGUGAUAAGGAGCUAAAUGUUGUGUCAUAUGAGUUACUGGUGUCUGUCCUGGAGUACCAGACUGCUGUCAUGCGCCGUGAUUUUGAUACUGCUGAUCGUGUACUUCCAACAAUCCCUCCUGCUCACCGCACACGUGUUGCUCACUUUCUGGAAAAGCAGGGAUUCAAGAAGCAGGCUCUGGCAGUAUCUACCGACCCAGAGCAUAGAUUUGAUCUAGCCUUGAGUCUUGGUGAAUUAGAUGCCUGUCAUCAGCUGGCAGUAGAAGCAGGCUCAGAACAUAAAUGGCGACUGGUUGCUGACCUGGCACAGCAGCGUGGUGAUUUACAAACUGCACAAACUUGCCUUCUUCGUGCUCAUGAUUACCCUGGAUUAUUGUUGCAGGCUACUGCCUCGGGAAAUGCAAAAUUAAUCCGAGAAGUGGGCAAUGAAGCUGAAAAUCAGGGCCGGAACAAUGUGGCCUUUCUCUCCUACUUUCUUACUGGCAAUCUUAAGGACUGUUUGGAGCUAUUAAUCAAGACCAACAGAGUUCCUGAAGCUGCCUUUUUUGCAAGAACUUACUUGCCAAAUGAAAUGUCACGUGUAGUGGGCUUAUGGAAGGAAGCAGCUGGGGAGAAGAUCGGGCAGAGUCUAGCUGAUCCCGCACAGUAUGAUAACUUGUUCCCAGGCCUUAAAGAUGCUGUGAAAACGCAGCAUUUUCUUGAAAAGCAGUCUCAUCCUAUUCCGGCAGCAGCAGCAGCUUCUGUCCCUGGUAAUCAUGACCGUAAUCCUAUGGAAGAGAUGCAUGCAGCUGAAGCAGCAGGAACUUUUCUGUAUGCCACACAAGAGGAGGAUUCUGAAUUUGUUGAUGCUCCACAGCAGCCACCGCCACUAAUUAAUGAAGAAAUCCUAAGAAGCAUUGGUCAAGAGGCUCAUGGGGAAGACAAAGUUUUGAAGAUGGAAGAGAAGGUGGAUAAAUUGGCAGAGUUGGAAAAUCUUUUAGGAGACUAUAUUCCUCCAGUUUUAAAUGUUGAGGAAGAUGAAGAGACUGUAUUAAAACUUGAAAAGGGCAAAACAGAUCAUACGGCACAUUCUUUUGAUAUAUUCAUGGCAAAAGAUAGUGAUAAUCUGUUGCUUGAUGAUGAUACUGACACUGCUCUGUCAGUAAAGAAAACCAUCCCAUUAGUAGACAGUGAAAAGCUACUAACAGCACCAGAAGAAGAGCAAGAAUUUGGAGGAGCUGCAGCAUCAGCACCCAGUUCUGUAGUCCAUACGAGGAACAUAUUAGGAUGGGAUGAAGAUGAAGCAGAAGACUGGGGGUUGGAGCAAGAAAGAGACAUGCUAGUUCAACAAGAUGCAUUUGAGAGUCAUUUUGAAGAAGUUACUCUCAAGCACCAAGUGGAAAAUGGGAGUCCAGAAUCCCAUUGGGAAAGUCCUCCAAUAACUGACUUCAGUUUGAAGGAUGUACAAGCUUUAACCUCCCCUGGAUUGGUCUUAGGCGUGGUUGAAUCCAGUGCAGACUCUAUGGAGAAAAAGGGACAAGACUUGCCAUCAUGGCAGCAACUUGAGUUCAACUCGUCUGUAGAUUUUACAAAAACUAACAUAGUAAUGCAUGGUGCAAGUGCUAGAGUGACAAUUGAUCAAGCUCAGCUGGAACGUGAAUUGGAGCUGGAUCUUGAGAAAGUGCGCAUAGAAGACAACGUUGACCCUAAUGAUUUAAAUCUGGAUGAAGAAGAGCUCUUAGCUGAUUAAGCAGUAAGACUUCAUGUAAGAUUGACAGGACUGAAAUCUAUAUUUGUUAAUUUUGUUAAAGGAUGUGUAAAUACAAAAAUUUAUAUGUAGUACUUAGGUUAACAUAUUGUUCAUUGUGCUUUGUUUUAUUCAUAUAGAAACUUUUAUAAAAUAAAUGCCAUGGUUAAAAUGGAAUAGUUAUUUUUAUUAAGAAACUCCAUUCAUAUCUAUUGCAACAUUUAGAGGUAGUAUUUUGAAUAGUUUUCAUUGCAUCUAGUAAAUGAAGAGCUCAGCUACGCAAAUUUGCGUUCUAAAUUUAUUUAUGAAUUUAAAGAACCUUUUAAGUUUUUAUAUAUACAUGUACAGGAUAUUUAAAAUAAAUUACCAAUUACA